GACGCGCACAGGGCUCGUUGCUUGCCCGCUCUCACAUCCAGCUCAGUUCUUUUGGCAAUAAAAACAACAACAACAACAACAAGAAACUGUUCAGGAUGAAGGUCUCCAGCAUCGACUGCCGGCGUCUGAAGAAAAUCAUCAGGAAGGAGUGCGGCAGCUGCCUCAUCGUGGACUGUCGACCCUAUUUCUCAUUCACGAACUCCAGUAUUAAAGGGUCCGUCAACGUCAAUCUCAACUCUCUGGUGGUCCGGAGGUCCCGGGGCGGACCGGUCCCUCUGCAGUUUGUCAUCCCGGACGAGAGAGCCCUGUUUCGGCUCAGGGAAGGGAGCAUAUCGGCGAUCGUGGCUCUCGAUGACCGGACGUCCCACUGGCAGAAGCUGAAAAAGGACAGUGUAGCACAAAUAGUAAUAAACACCCUGUCGCAUCUAGCGAGCGGGGCAAGCAUCUGCUUCCUGAAAGGAGGAUACGAAAACUUCCACUCUCAAUACCCUGAACUUUGCACUGAGGUGAAAACCACUGACCAGAGCGGAACUGAAACCGAGAAAAGAGUCAUCACCCACAGCGAGAAGCUUUCUCACCGCAAGCCAGAUUACGAUCAGGGCAAACCUGUGGAGAUCCUGCCUUUCCUCUACCUCGGCAGUGCCUACCACGCUUCUAGACAGGACUAUCUCAGCGACCUUCACAUCACGGCCUUGCUCAACGUGUCGCGCCGGGACCUGCACCCGGCCCGGGGCUGCUACGACUACAAGUGGAUCCCCGUGGAGGACAGCCCCAUGGCUGACAUAAGCUCACACUUCCAGGAGGCUAUAGAGUUUAUCGAUCAAGUGAAGCAAUCAGGAGGAAGGGUGCUGGUCCACUGCGAAGCGGGCAUCUCGCGCUCGCCCACCAUCUGCAUGGCCUACAUCAUGAGGACCCAGAAGCUGAGGCUCGACGAGGCCUUCGAGCUCAUAAAGCAGCGUCGCACCGUCGUCUCACCAAACUUCAGCUUCAUGGGCCAGCUGCUGCAGUUCGAGUCCGAGGUCCUGUCCAACGCCCCGGCCCUCGCCGCCACCAUCGAGCCGGCGACUCCGUGCGUCGCGGAGUCUGCCUCGUUUUUUGCCAAUGACUUUUCCGCCGCUUUCAGCACCAAAAACUUCGAGCCGCCCAUGUUCACCCUCCCUACCUCUUGCCUGCAGUCCCCAGUCCACCAACCGUUGAAACUGAGCCCAAUAACUGCACUGCCUUAAAAAAAAAAAA